UGGAUUCCCCUCCCGGGCAGUGGUCAGUAGUCCGGGGCAGGGCGGGGCGCGGGGGAGGGCGGAAGGAGGAGAGAGGCCGGCGCACCGAACCAAAGGGGCUCAGGCUCAGCGGCGCCCAGUCCUGGGGGUAGUUAAGCCGCCGCCGAGGAACAGGCGGAGAGUGGGGUCCCACGACCGCGUCGAGGCCCGCAGUCGGCGCCGGGGGGCGCCCUUCCCCGCUCGCGCCGCUUGGCACCCGCCCGCCCCGCCCCGCGCCCCGCGCCCAGCCCUCUCCCAGGCCACCAGACACGCGGACCCGCGGUGCAGCGCUGAGCUCUCCUUCUGCCCACCCGCGGCGAGCGCUCUGCCAGUCCUCGCGUACCGGGGGGCUGCUGGACCCGGCGGGAGGAGCGGGAAAAGCACGGAGCCGAGCCUCCCAGGGGCGGGGACAGUCUCCCGGAGCAGCGCCGCGCGGACCGCGCCGAGUCUUGGGACAAUGGGGCCGCGGCGGCUGCUGCUGCUUGUCGCCGCGGGACUCAGUCUGUGCGGCCCCCAGCUAUCCGCCGGCUCCCAAGGCCGCGAGCCAGAAUUAAAAGCAACAAAUGCUUCUGCGGCUCCUCGGUCCUUUUAUCUCAGGAAUUCCAAUGAUGGAUUUGAACCAUUCCCAUUGGAGGACGAUGAGGAGAAAAAUCAAAGCAGGUUAGCUGAAGACAGAUUAAGCUCCAUCAAUCAAAGCAGUCCUCUUCAAAACGGACCCCUUGUGUUCAUCUCGAAAGAUGCCUCAGGAUAUCUGACCAGCGCCUGGUUGACUGUAUUUAUCCCCUCCGUCUACACUGGCGUGUUUGUAGUCAGCCUUCCUCUAAAUAUCAUGGCCAUCGUUGUGUUCAUCUUGAAAAUGAAGGUCAAGAAGCCUGCCGUGGUGUAUAUGUUACACCUGGCCACAGCAGAUGUGCUUUUCGUGUCUGUGCUCCCCUUUAAGAUCAGCUACUACUUUUCUGGAAGCGAUUGGAAAUUUGGGUCUGAAAUGUGUCGCUUCGUCACUGCGGCGUUUUACUGUAACAUGUAUGCCUCCAUCAUGCUCAUGACCGUCAUCAGCAUUGACCGGUUCCUGGCAGUGGUGUAUCCCAUCCAGUCCCUCUCCUGGCGGACUCUGGGGAGGGCCUCCUUCACUUGCCUGGUCAUCUGGGCUAUGGCCAUCUCGGGGGUGGUGCCUCUUCUCCUCAAGGAACAAACCACCCAGGUGCCAGGGCUCAACAUAACCACCUGCCAUGACGUGCUCAAUGAAACCCUGCUUGAAGGCUACUAUGCGUAUUACUUCUCAGCCUUCUCUGCUGUCUUCUUUUUUGUGCCAUUGGUCAUUUCCACAGUCUGCUAUGUGUCUAUCAUUCAAUGCCUUAGCUCUUCCACAGUUGCCACCCGGAACAAGAAGUCCCGAGCUGUGUUCUUGUCGGCUACUGUUUUCUGCAUCUUCAUCGUUUGCUUUGGACCCACAAACGUCCUCCUGAUUCUGCAUUACGCAUUUCUUUCUCAUAAUCCCUCCACAGAAGCCGCCUACUUUGCCUACCUCCUCUGUGUCUGUGUCAGCAGCAUAAGUUGUUGUAUUGAUCCUUUGAUUUACUAUUAUGCUUCCUCUGAGUGCCAGAGGUACCUCUACAGUAUUUUAUGCUGCAAAGAGAGUUCUGAUCCCAGCAGUUAUAACAGCAGCGGUCAGCUGAUGGCAAGUAAAAUGGAUACCUGCUCCAGUAACCUGAAUAACAGCAUAUACAAAAAGCUGUUAACUUAGGGAAAGAGACUGCUGGUGGGUUAAAAAGAAAAGGUUAAAAGAGCAAAUAACCUGAGGAUUCUAUUAGUCCUUGCCAAAAAAAUUAUUUACUUUACCAUCUAAAACAACAAAUGGUGUGAUUCACAUGCCUCCUUAUGAGAGCCAUUAAGCAUAUAUGUUACUUACAGAAAAAGAUAGCAUGAAUAUAAAACAGCUAUUCUGAGAUAGUAUUUCCAGUGCUACAAUAAUAACUAAAUGUCACUUUUUGGUAUAGUUAGUGACUUACUGUACACAUGUGUGUAUACAUAUGUAUGUGUAUACACAUGCUUGUAUCAGUUGCAGUGCAUAGAAUAGGCACUUUGAAACCCUCUUUCACCCAGAGAUUAUGAAAAUAAACUCUGAUUCUCUGAUUUAAUAUGCAACAUUUAGGUUGGUGGAGCUGAGCCCUGAACAUCUAAAGAUGCCUGUCGACAACAAGGGAGUCUGUAAUUUGGACUUAACACAGCUUUUACAAAUAAGUGUAUUUUGAAAUUGUUCGACAGCUUUAAGUUAUUGAGAGAUAAGACUUAGUUUAAUACUAUCUGUUUGUAGCAAAGUUGUUUUUCAUUUACAACAUAUCAAAGUUUGUAGUCUUUAAAUUAUGAAAACAUGAUAUGGGUAGCAUUUUUUUUUUUUUUUAGCUGAGCCAUCCUGACACCUGUUGGCAGC